AUGCGUCUGCUCGCUGUCUUGCCAAUGUGUUGGGCGCGUUCUGUCCAGCACGUCGACAUCGCCAUCAUUGGCGGCGGUCCAUGCGGCCUCGCGACGGCGCUUGCGCUCCGUCGAGUCUCGUGCUUGAAGGACGCCUCCAUCGCAGUCUUUGAGAGAGACCACAUGGAGCCAAAGGGUGCUGCCAUAGCCAUCCAGCCGAUGGGCAUCGAUGCACUGAAUGACAUAGAUAUCAUGCUCGUGCCAGAGAUGCGGCGUCGUGCAGUGCGCAUGUCUGACUUGGCCCAUUUGAGUGUCAACGACCUUUCGUCAGACUCAAACGAGGACGGCUUUCCACGUGGCUUCUGCCAGCCGUAUCGUCAGAGACCCAUCCGCGAGCGGCUAUGGAAAUGGCUAGCGCGCGUAGGAUGUCGACUGCGAAUACGUCCAACACGAUCCUCGUUCAACUGGCAUGACGUGCGAAGCGUUCUCGCCAAGCAAGUGCAUGCCAUCUGUGGGCCUGAGACGCUACGGUUUGGCCACACGCUCAUGGCGGUGCGUACCCGCACGGCAAGUGAGGGGAUAGACCUCACUUUUGGCGUCGAAUCUGCAGAUGACAGGCAUUCGGUGACAUACCGCGCCCGCCUCGUUUGCUCAGCCGACGGUGUCCGUUCAAUGACGCGUCGAUGUUGGCCUGGAGCAGACACCGCAACAGCAAAGCCACAAGGCAAGUCAGUUUGGUAUGGGCUCGCACCACGCCUGCGUCUUGGCGACCGCAUGAUUCGAGUCGUAGCACACAAAAGCUGUCUCUUAAACGUGCAGCCUGCUUUUGGUGGCCGUGGCACGUCAUUCUCCUUCAUGGCUCCUGCUGUGAGUGGGUACGCAAUCGACGAUUUUGAUGCGGCCAGGCGUCUCCUGUCGGCCGCGCCGCGCAAGCUGCGGUCGACGCUCACCGCCCUCAUCAAGGCAACGCCACAUGUUACUGAGAAUAAGCUGCACAGCCGCGACUUUUCGCGCCCUUGGGCCAGCCCGAGCCACAGGCUGUGCUUCCUGGGUGACGCGGCGCAUCCGAUGCGCCCAACCUUUGGCUACGGCACGUCGCUUGGCUUCGAGGACGCGGUUGUGCUCGCCCGUAUCGCCAAGCGCGAGGGCAGCCUCGACUCGUUCGUAGCGAAUGGCGUGCGUGCCUUUGAGCGGGCGAGGCUGAGCCGCGUGCGCGCGGUGGUGGAGAUCAGCCAUGAAGCGGCUCUGAGCUAUUACGGGCAUCCAGAUGAGGAAGCAGCCGCUCGGGGGAGGCAGCACGAAGAGUACAGGAUAAAGCUGCUUGAAGCCCUCGCUGAACACCCCAUUCAUUGCGAAGAAGUGGGUCUCAGGACGCGCUGCGAACGAGACAGCAAAUAA